AACAUCCUUAACUUUUGUUGAGUAAGGUACUUAUAAUUUAAUGGAAUUUAAUGAGUGUCUUAUAAACAGUGUUGGGGAGUAACUAAUUAAAUGUAACUUAGAUUAUGUAAUUUAUUUACAAAAUGUAUGUAAUUGUAAUCCAUUACAUUGCUGGAAGAUGAUGUGUAGACAAAUUGCAGUUGCUUUUGGAAAUUUCCUGAUUACAGUUAAUUUUUUUUCCCCCCAUAUCACUUCCCGAGUCUUGUGAUUGGCUCUCUCUGGUCAUGUGCCAUUCUGCUGUAAUCUUAAAACAGGGCAUUUUUUUUCCAAUAUGACCUCGAAGACCUCUAUUAGUUCGACAAGGCUGACUCAUAGUUACACUUUUGAACACAUAAAAGAACAUUGGCUUUUGAACCGUUUCCUCUUCUUGAUGCAUUCGUUCAAAAUUCAGAAAAGGCAUCAAGACGUAAUCAAAUGUAAUUAGUUAUAUUACUUUCGGAAAGUCAUUGAAAUAGUUGCACAACAAUUACCAAAGUCAUCUUCCCGACACUGCUAAUAAGGGCUUCAUUGAUGGGUGUUCAAAGUCUGACUCGGGGGCCCCCACUGUGCCGCGCAGGUGAUUAAUAAUAACAUGACCACACAUUUUUGAAAUAUACAGGAUCAAAAUAACUACAGAAUAAAACAGUGUAGAAAGUGUUGGAUUUAAUGUCGUUUAACCCCUUAUUACACACACACACAAAAGGACGUCAGAGUUUAAUUAUUCUGCUACAUUUUCAUGACGACUGAGCGAUUGUGGCGAGGACGCCGAAGGCACUUCAUAGUGCUACUGACCCCGGAAAGGCUUCAUUGCCGGGUGUCCAAACUCUGACUCGGGGCCCGUUUGCGGCCUGCAACUCGUGCCAAUGCGCUGGCCAGGAUCCAAUUUGUCGUAUUGCAAGGAGCGGGCAGAUGCACGGCGGAUCACGAAUGAUAAGAUCAAGCGGGUCGCGGAGCCGAGCGACUUUGCGCCACUCGCGCCAUGGACGGCAACGGCGCCGCUGGGAGCUCUGAAGCGGAGGAACCCCACCCUGCUGCACCCCAUGAACGUGUUCAUCCUGAGCCUGGCCGUGUCCGACCUCAUGUUCGCCCCGCGCGGCUCGCCGGUGGUCACGGUCACCGACUACCGCGGCUCCUCCUUCAUGGGACGCGCCGCCUGCGUCUUCCAGGGUUUUGCCGUCAACUACUUCGUAUUUUCUUUUCAGAUGAACAAGAGUGUGGAGCUGCAGGUCGGACAUUCUUUGCCGAAGGAGACGGACCACGCCGUCACGAUGGUCCUGGGUAUGACGCCGUUGUCCGUGAUGGUGGUGCUGGAGCCCCUUCUCUACGUCCCGCCGCUGCUGGGCACCAUGCCCGUGUACUUUACCAAGACCAGCCCCGUGUACAACCCCGUCACCUACUUCCUCUCCAACAAGCGGGCAAGAGCAACACUCACCAGACGCCGUCGACGCCGUGGGGGUCCGGACACGGAGACUGACAGCUGAGGAGCAGGAGGAGGACAAAGGAAGCAAGGGGAGUCCUUCUGCUGCACACUCAAGCAGUCCAAGACAGGCUGAGUGUUGUUUUCCUCACUUGGUCUUGUCCGUCGUGACUGUCGCUAUACACGCGACAACGCUCUCAUUGGCCGCUUCAUUAGGUACACCGGCACUCGCUCAUCAAGACGAUUCUGCCUUUACAAAAAUAAUUGUGUUCUCCAGGCAUCAUCAUAAUAAUACACAGUGGUACCUUGACUUCUGAGUUACCAAACUUGUAAUUAAGUCCGGUCCCCUUUCUUAAAAAGACACAAAAGAGGUUGAAAAAAAUUGUGUAGAAAGUACACAUGUAAUUUUCUUUUUUAAGUAGAAAGUCGUCAGAAAAAUUCAUACCCAAGACACAGUUCCCUGAAAAAUCUACUUAAGUCCAGUAAUGAAUCCAUCCCAGCCCCCCCCCCCAACAUUUUUUAUUUGUUUUUAAUAAAGAAAAUAACACUGUAUUGGAUAAAAACACAAUACAUGAUAACAAAAUGAUAAAUGAUGGUUUUAUAACGUGUAAGUGCUGUACAUACUGUAGUAUUUGUGUUGCAUGUGUGCCUUUAAGAGGCGUGGCCUAGUGAGUGACAUCAGAAGUUGAGUCAGGUCAGCAGGUUAGUCUGCAUGUGAGCGUCUGGGCGUGAGUUGUGGCCUACAGCAGCAGGUCUUUGUACCACUGUAUUAUGUAUGCUAUGCUAUGCUAUGCUAUGCUAUGCUAUGCUUUAUUGUCAAUCCUCAAUCUCUGUAGAAGUUACAGAGGGGGCUGGAUUUUAUUUCUCAAGUCUCUCUGUCUCAAACACAAAAAAACUUAAAACAAUAACGCAAUUCAUUCGUUUGUGGGAAAAGUAGUAGUAAAUAGUGACUCUAAGAGGGCCUAAUAAAUCAUCUGACAAUGUCAAUCAAUAUUUAGCAUUAUCAUUAUUAAAUAAAUGUAUAUAUUAGAUUGUGCAGGCGUACUUGAUGAUAUGGCCUAUGAGUAUGAGUCCGCUGUAGUUUUUAGUGUAUAUGUGUAUAUCAAUCAAAUAUGUACUGCAGACUUGCAUUUUUGCAAAUCCUCUGACUUUAAAAGUAAAUGUCAUGUACAAUAAUGUUAUGUUUUGGUAGUUUAUUCAUCAGUUACUGACUUGCAAUCGAACACAUUUGCUUUAUUUUCAGUAAAAAAAUUUAAAAAAAAAAGAAGCCCCUUGCAUAUUUUUAAUUAAAAUCAACUACUGCAGUGUUGCACAAAACAAAACAAGCCCACAGUGCUGAAAAGGAGCGGAGCAGACUUUAAAUAGAAACGUACUGGCUGACGUCUUUCCAAAGGAUUUCUGAGGCGGAUUAGACAGUUCAGAGAAACGCGGUGACAUAAUCCUGACUUGAUCAAGUGUCUGGGCCGCUUUCAAACAUAUCAUGUGCGUGUCACAGCGCAAAUGUCACCGAAAUACACAAAUAGGAUUCUAGAAGUCACAAAUUACAGGGAGUUCCAAAAAAAAAAUAUUGUCUUAAAGAAGCAUUUCCCCCUCUUCAUGCUUCUCUGCAAUCUGUAUCGCCGGAACUCACCAUAUUACUCAUAUUCAUAUUUUGCAUGUGUGUGUACAUACAGUAUACACUCACCAGCCGAAACAUUCGGUACACCUGUUGGUGACAAUGAAUUCCCCACAGGUCAGGUCAGGUCAGGUCAGGUCGUAGCCUACUGGUGUGAUAAAAGACUUGCACACACUACACGCACAAAAAGAACUUCUCUCUCCAAAAGAACACAAAUGUCCACAGGUGGGUAGUAAUGAGCUACAUUUACUCCGUUACAAUUACUUAAAUAGUAACUUAUGGGUUAAAUUGUUACUUGUUGCCAGACUAGUUUGAAUGCAACAUGCAGUAUUUUUGUUAAGAAGACACGCUACCUUUACUCUGUCACACUGAGCUACAUUCCGCUUGCUGCUUGUAUUUGAAUCGACGGGUAUUUCUUAUUGCUUGCGCGGUCUGUUUUGUUUUCAGAGAGAUUGACUUGUGUCACAUGACCAAUCCAACGUAACCGCUCGCGAUGUUUGACCGCAUCCGACCAAGCAAAUGGAUUCAGGCAGUCCCGUGACCAACAUUUGAAUCGGAACAGCCGUUUUUUCAGACAUGCGCAGAUCGAUGCAAACGUCACGUGAUUUAUCGCCGUAGUUGCGAUUGUUUUUACGCUUUUAUUAAAGCGACAGCUUGAGUAUAAACAAGUUACGAAUAGUUAAAAACAAUCUCCGUCGCAGACCUGCUUCGUUUUGAAGCCGUCAUAUUUUCAAGCGCAUUUACGACAGGACGGCGCAUACGCAAGACACAACGCGGGCUGACUAAUCCGAUUGAGCCGGAUACAUGAUGACUUUACAUCGGUUUGGAGAAAUUGAUUAUUCCACCACUGUGAAAGCGAAUUAAAUUCUAUUUGAAUUUGGUCUGUUUAUUCCAGUUGAGGUGUUUAUAUGGAGAAUUUUUAUUCAGUUUGGGCUUCUAACCCGUUUCUAACCAGAAUACAAGCCUCCAUGUAAACCAGGCUUAUGGAAUUGUUGCCUGGUUUGCUGCCUUUUGUUUUGACACUCAGUGAAAAACUACUGACGACUUACUUUCAGUCAAGUGCUUGGACUUUUGAGACUAACGUGUCUAUUGUAAUAUUCUGGACGGGGGCGAGAGGAAAUAGUACAUUGUGUUGAUUUAAUCCCAGAUUUGCCGUUGAGUCGGUAAGCUUCGCAGUGGAAGCUAAGAGCAUGUCACACUUUAUCGGCAAACAGGAUUACGCAACGUUAUGCCGUAAUGCUCCAGCCCGGCUCGCCUUCGUUACCUCGGCCCAUUCAACAAGUCCCAUCUGGCCAAGCUUCUCACGUUUGGACGGCCAAAUGGGAUGGACGGCUGUUCGCUGGCGCUAUGAUUAAAAGUGCACCCAAACGUCUUUCUGUCGGGUGAUCGUAAGUGCGGUUGAAAGUUGACUUUAUGACUGCCGGCUGUUUAUUUGAAAUAAAUACUCAUUCUAAAACUAAUCCAUCCGUCUAUCCAAACUGUCUGAUUUCAUUUGGUUUCAUUUAUAAAUAAAGUGUCUUGUCGUCUGGAC